AUGGAUCAAAUAGCUAAUAAUAAGGAUUAAUUGAAAAAGAUUAAUAUCUAAUUAAAAUCAGCAAUAACUGUAUAUGAAAAAUUCAGAUAGUGAAUUCAUUGUUGAAUUCAAAUCAAGAGUUUAUAGAAAUGUAAAAAAGGAGGGUAAUUUUAGGUUUGCGUAAUCAAGUCAAUGAAGAUUAUUACAUAAUAUUUAAAAGAAUCUUUGAAAUAUAUUUAAGCUAAUGAAGAACUUGUAGAUAAAAUAUUUAUCUUAUUGUUGAGGAUGAAUUUAAAUGAUGAAAUACUUAGAGAAAGUGAAAUGGGAAAUUUAUUAAUAAAAAUAAAAGAAAAAAAAUUAUUGGAGAAUUAACGAUAUAAUAUAAGUGAUUAAUUAUAAUAAAAAUGGUCGAGAAUUAAUAUAAUUUAUAGAAAUAGUUUAGGAGAACUAAAAAAGAAUAUGAAUCAAAAAGAUAAAUAAGAAGAGAGAAAGUGAAAAGAAAUUAAUCAUCAAGUUCAAAUGAUUCAUCAAACAAGAAGAAAAAAAUAAAAAAGAAAAAUGUUAAGUAUAAAUAUAAGCAAUAAUAAAAUUGUUAGAUUUGUAAGAGAUAAUAUUCUUAUGAAUUAUAAAUAUUUUAAAAAGAUGAUGAGCCAAAUUAAAGAGGUAUGACAAUAGAAGAAGUGAUAAUAUUUUAAAAAUAAUAAGCAGGAGAAUUAAAAAGACUAAAAAAUGGUUAUGAUAUAAAACAUAGAGAAUCAAUGAUGGAAGGAUAAGAACAUAAGUUAUAAUUAGAUAAUAUAUAGCAUAUGAUUGAAUAAAUUCCAUUUAUUAAACCUAUAAGUAAGUAUUAUAUAAUUUAAUAUGAGAAUUACGUUUAAAUUAUUCUGAAUCAUAUGAAACUAAUUUCAAGGAAAUUCAGAAAUAGUAAAAGAGAACUGAAUAUAAUAGAGAUGUAUAUAAAUUUUAAUUUCUAUUAGAUUCCCGAAUAACCUGGGUAUAAUGAAAUUUCUAAUACAUAAUUUGUGAUUCAAUAAAAAAUUAUUCAUCUGGAUCCUCCUAAAAGAGAAGAUCUUAUGUUUAUGGUUCAAAUCAUAUGCAAUCGUGGAUUUACUGAACUUGAAGAAAAACACAAAAAUAUUAAUAAAAAAUAAAUCAAGGGAAUUUUGAAAAAACCACAAGAAGAACAAUCUUAAUAAAAGAAAGAUGUCUUACUCAAUCAAGCAAAACAAGAUCUAUAACCAAAAAUGAAUUAAUUGGUCUAGAUGAUAAUAUAAAAAUAAAAUCAUAGCCAGGAAAGCAUUCGUAAUUAUAUAAAUCUAUUUAAGUCUCUUUAUUACAUGAUAUUAUAUAAAAAUUAAAGGAAAUUGGUGAGGAAUAAUAUAUAAAAAAUUUUAAAUCAUUCCUUGAAACUAAGUUGAAUGACUAACAAACAAUUAUAAGUGAAUAGGAACGUAUAAAAAGUCAAUAAGAAUAGUAAAGAAAUCGUUUUGAACAAUUAUAAAACAUUAAUCCUACUCAGGCACAAAGAUUAAGAGCAUACAAAACCAAGCAUUGUCAUAAUUAUCAUUCUCCUAUAGGUUGUACUAGAGGAGAUAAUUGUAAUUUCAUUCAUGAUUCUUGUUUUCCUGGAAGAUCUGCUCCAAUUCCUUAAUAUCCCAAUUUCCUAAACAAAUCCCUUUAUCCUUAGACAUCUAUACAAUUAAUCGUUUCUCCUCUGCUUCAAUAGCUCAAUCCUGCCAUUUUUUUUGGAAGAAAAAAAAGGACGAUAGUUUAUGAGUUGAUAUUUAUUAAAAAAUACUUUUAAUAUGCUAAUCUAAACUUUAAUACAAGAAUUAACAUUUCAUAAAUAUUCUUAUUUUAUAUAAAUUAUCAAUUCAAAAAUACACUUUCAAAUUUUAUAUACCACAUUAUCAAAGUAUCAAUAUAUUUCUAAUCAUUAUAACUUAAUUCAUAAUUUAAUAUUUUAUCUUCUAACAAACUAAUUUAAACUAAUACUAAUAAUAUCAUUAAUCUAAAAAUCAAUAUAUUUCAAAAGAAAUCAAGAAUAUUUUAUUUUAUCACUUUAUUAAAAUUUUAUUGUUAAAAACCAAUUAAAUAAUUAAGGUAAAUACUUUUAUAAAUUAUUUAUUUGUUAUACAUUUUUAUUUUUAAUUAUUCUUCCUUAAUCCUUUUAUAAAAAGUAAAAGUUUUUGA